CAACUGACCAGACAAGGGUUGUUAUACGAAGCUGGACCAUAUAAGAGAAACUCACUCUUGAAAGAGUUUAGGUUUUGUUGCAUACAACUAAUAUGAGUAAAUUCGCGUUGCUGUUGGUUGCUGUGAUAGCUUGCUGCUACGGAGCAAUGGGGAAAUCACAAAAUGCAUUUAUUUCUGCGGAGCGGACGGACAACACAGGUUCUCUGUAUCCAGAGCGUGCGUCUGCUGGGGUCUGGGGCCACUCUAAAGUACCGAGAGAAGUCGCAGAUCAGAAUUACUCAGAACAACCGGAUCUCUGCUUCUUCCUGAAAGACAGUGAAAUCGAGGGCCAUAUUUCCUGCCGGCUCCGAUAUUCUCGGAGUAAAUUCAACCGCAAUCCUUUCGGUCUCCGAUUUGGAAAACGCGAGUGGAGUUACCUUCCGAAAAGCAAAACUGCAAGACCAGGGACAAGCAAGCUUCUUCCCUAUCUACUGUAUUUCCAAGAGAGAAGAGUCUGA